CCGCCAACUCACUCUCGCCAGCUAGCUAGCUCCACCACCGUCUUCUUGCACUUUGCUUCGCUGGCCAUCGGUAUCGAUCGACAUCUCCCCAUCGAAUAGAUCGUCGUCGUCGUCCAUGGAUGAAGUGUGGUGCGGCCUCGACCUGCAGCAGCUGCAGCUGCAGGCCGGCGACCCCCUCGCCGCGCCCGCCGGCCUCCACGACCAAGACCCCUUCUGGCCGGCCGCUCUAGCGGACUGCGCCUCCAGCUUCCUCGCCGCCGACACCGCGUGCUUCGGCGGCGUCGCCGACAUCGACCUCUCCGGCGGCUCCGCGGCCAGCGGGAAGGCGGCGGCGGACGGCAUGGACACGGCCAGCUUCUUCGCCGCGGACGACGGCCACCACCACCACCUGAUGCCCCAAGAGCAGCAGCCGGUGCACUCGUCCUCGUCGCUCUCCUCCAAGCGCUCCCUCUCCGUCGACAGCGGCGGCUCCUGGUCCACCUUCUUCCCGCUCGACGACGCCUCCCUGGCCGCCGCGGGCGGCCUCUUCUCGACGCCCUCGCCCUCGCACGCCGCGGCGCCGGCCGCUUUCGCCGCCGGCGAGGACGAGGCGCUCAUGCGCGCCAUGAUGGCCGUCAUCUCCUCGGCGUCGCCCUCCUCCUCCGAGUCCUCGUCGCCGCCGCUGGGCCAGGACUACACCACGGCCGCGCCGGCCGCCGUAGUGCAGCCGCGCCCAGCAAGCGGGGGCAACGCCACCAGCCACGUGACGGUCAGGAGCAGCAGCCUCGCUGUGGGGCCGGAGAGGACCGCGUCGCUGACCAGCGCUGCCGCCGGCGGCUGGCAGCAGCAGGAGGACGCCAAGGCCUGCAGCAACAACAGCAGCCAGGUCUACCACAUGAUGUCGGAGAGGAAGAGGCGGGAGAAGCUCAACGACAGCUUCCACACACUGAGGUCCCUCCUCCCACCGUGUUCCAAGAAGGACAAGACAACGGUGCUGAUCAACGCGGCGAGCUUCCUGAAGACGCUGGAGGCGCAGGUCUCGGAGCUGGAGGAGAAGAACACCAAGCUGGAGAGGUACGUCCCCCGCGAGGGCGGCGCCGGCGCCGGCGCGGCGGCGGCGCACCGGAGAGCCAAGGUCCGUAUCAGCAGGGCGGGGCCGGAGGAGCGGCAGGUGAGCCUGACGGUGAUGGUGAUGGUGGAGUGCGACAUCGUGGACCUGGUGCUGCACCUCCUGGAGUGCCUCCGGUGGAUGAGCGGGGUGAGCGUGCUGUCCGUCGACGCCGACACCUACUCGCCGCAGGCGCCGCUCAAGGCCCGCGCCAACAUCAAGCUGCAGAUCAUGGACGGCGACUGCUGGGACGAGGCGCUGUUCCACGAGGCGAUGACGAAGGCCGUGCACGAGGCGACCUCGUCUCCCUCCUCGUCCUCCUGCGCCGCCCCGGCUCCGCUCGUGGCCGCGGCCUACUAGGCAGGAGCAGGGGGCGGGCACGUAAGCCCCCACCGCCUCGGUUUCUUCCGCCACAGGUUGGCUGUGAAGCGACCGGUUCAGCCAUGGCCAUGCGCGCGUGCUCCCUCCGAUCCGCAUUGGGCUCGAUCUAUCGGCAGUCAUGCAUGGUUGGACUUUGAAGGGGUAAAACCAAACGUGCCGGCGCCGCUGACGGACGACGAUCAUCGAGUUCGGCCUGCGGUUCUCCUGUAAGCCUUGGGCGGUUAAUUAGAAAAGGUUAUGCAACUACACCUUAGUCUCUGGUUAUUAGCGAAGUGUAAGAAGCCCUGUGGCUGCCCUAGCGCGGUCAGAGAGGUUGCAGAUGAUGAUGGCAUUAUGAGAUUGUAGGUUGUGUGAUGCAUGGCUAGUGAUCGGUAUUUAGUAGUAGCAUGUGUUGGCAUUUGGAACCAAGUUAGUGGAGGGAUUUUGUACAUAGGAAAUGAAGCUCCCAUGACUAUGAGCAGUUCGUAUAUGAAUGAAGAAACGUGCACACGCGGAAGGAAUCAAGUUCA